AAGCCAAGUGAAUAUUGAUUGUUAUCAAGCAAAUAACAAAGGUAGGUCUGCUGGUGUAGGUUAGCCUCCAUUGAUGAGUAAAGAUGGUUAAUUUGAUGUGAUUCCCGUCGCUUUGGUCUUUGUAUGUUUGUAUGAAAAAGACUCUGUUAUUUUCGAUUUUACAUUAUUUGUAAACACGCAGCAUCGCUAAAUUUCCAAGUUGACGUCCACUAUUUCAAAUACAGUCGCGUGUGCACCGUAAAUAUAGCGACACAAUUGACUUCACGGUACAAUAGCGACACCCAGUGGCGAAAAAGUUCGAUUUUUUUAACAUUUCUCUGAGCACUUCCACACUUUGCAUUUAGAAGUGCGUACUGCAAAAAUGCCUUUAGCCCCUCAGUACCCGGAUGCUACUAUUGGUCAGUAUGCAGCGAUGAAGCAUAAUAUCCUCAACAACCCAUCGCCAUCUUGGAUACGUGGCUGAAGAGGCGGGACUAGCUCGUUUGGUUUCAAUUUACAAUUAAAAAGAAGCGCGUACGAAAAAGACAAAGAUGAUUGAUUUUGUAAUCGUCACUUCCGUUUAAAGUGCAACGACACUAAUGGAUUCGGGACAUCACUAAACUGUCAAAAUUAAGGAAGCGAGUAACGCGGUGUACGUAGUUUACAUACUUGGAAGACUGAUAGUGCGCGUAGAUAUUUGAUGUAUUUUUAGUUAAUGUAAUUAAAUAUCUCGAGUAAAGUUGGAAGGAUAAAAAUAAACCUAAAAGGAUCAAUAUUCAGGAGUAUCAGUGUUCCUUUAAGUCAUUAAGUCAAUAAAUAUCUCAAAUUAAUGUCAUGCCUAUGCCUGUGGGCACUUCCGGUAUUACAUCAACUACAAUUCCCAUCAGUCAAUUCGACGUUCGUGUCGACAUUCCACACAACACAAAAAGCCUUACAGGUCCGAAUGUACAGUACUAUAUUCUGAGUUAUAAUUUUAACCUCAAUUGACGUCUUGAUAACUUAAUAUAGUAUUUAUACACCAGUGUGCUUUAAAUGUUUACAAAAAUGACAUUACCAACAAGAAUUGUAGGAACAAUUCUAAGGUUUUUUCAAGUCCUCGCGGGAUUUCGGGCUUCCGGUAGCUACGAGAAAGAGCUGUCCAGGGUACUGCCACUAUGGCUGAUCAUAAAGUGUCAUGCAGCGAUGUCCCAGACCGGCAUACCCUGCUCCAAGUGUCUGACUCACAUGGCCUUCAGUUGCUGGCCGUGCUCAAAUCGUUUCGAGAGCGAGGUCUUCUGUUCGACUUUACCAUAAUAGUUCAAGAGCAAAGUUUUCCCUGCCAUCGCUGCGUUCUUUCUGCAUGCAGUGAUUUCUUCAGAGCUAUGUUUGAAGCGGACAUGCGUGAACGCGAUGCUGGUUCAGUAACAUUACGUAACCAGUGUCCAGUUGUGGUGGGCUCCUUCUUGGACUUUGCCUACUCUGGCGAGAUUCUUAUCACAGAUGGAAACGUGGACUCGCUAUUUCAGCUUGCUUCAUUUUUACAGGUAUCAGUUCUGUCCAGAGCGUGUAGUGACUUCUUGCUGGGAACAUUGGAUCUUGGUAACUGCUUGUCACUCUUAUCCCUUGCUGAGGCGUAUGGCUCAGUCACCCUCUAUCAAACUGCCACCGACUUUGUGGUUCACAACUUCUACAACCUUUCCAUCACACAAGACUUUCUGGAUAUGCAGGUGAAUGUGUUGGAGGAAUGCCUUAGGUCAGAUGCCCUCGGUGUGCCCAGUGAGGAGGCUGUGGUGAUGUCACUUCUCAGGUGGAUACGCCACGAUAUUCCUGUUCGACAGAAGAUGCUACCGAGACUGUUAUCUCUCACCAGGCCUCACCAUCUACCUCCACGUUCACUUAAGACUCUUCUUGAAUCAGAUACUCUAAUGAGAAGCGAUGAGUCCUGUACGGUCCUCCUCUCAGAGGCUCAGGGCAGACAGACUCAGCACAGUGGGCUGUUCACAGACGCCAGGCCUGCCACCACAAAGAGCUACAUUUACAUACACAAGACAGAAGAGAACGGAGAGAUCUCCUUCUCUUUCUGCUACUGUGUAGCAACAGACCGGUGGAAAGAGCCUGCAAUGAACGACAGGGAGGGGGUGACAGCAAUGCCAGACCCACCGGGCUCCCACCUGACUAGCUAUGCUGAGAAGAUGUUUGUCACAGGUGGUUGCCGUGGAAACUGUCGUCGAGCAGUACGUCUCCAUGUGGCAGAGCCUUUCCAUGAUGCUACCAAUGAGGUGUGGUGCUUCUGUCCAGUGUCAAGGACCUGCACGCCCGUUCCUGCCAUGCUAAACCCCCGAACCAUGCACACAGCUGUGGUCUGUCUUGACCGUGUGUAUGUCAUUGGGGGGCGGACUCAUGGAUCUAGAGAGGAUACUUCCAGUCUGCUAGAGGUGGAGUAUUAUGAUCCAAAGGCAAGGAGCUGGUUUUCAGUCAGUCCUCUACCUACUGCAGUCUUCUACCCCGAGUCCAGUGCUUGCGGCAGCAUUAUCUACACACUGGGAUCAGAGGUAGAGAUAACUGAGUCUUUCAACCCCUCACUGGACUGCUUCUUCAGCUAUGACGCCCGGCAAGACCAGUGGAGCCGCCUGGUGGCAGAAUUUGGUCAGUUCUUCCAUGCAAUGCUCGUCAAGGCUGUAUCGAUUCAUAACACGCUGCACCUAUGUGACCUGUCCACUUAUAAGGUGUACAGUUUCUGCCCACAGACAUGCGUGUGGAAGGGUGAGGGAUCAUUUGAGUGUGCAGGGUUCAAUGCCGGAGCAGUUGGUACAAAAGACAAAAUAUACAUCCUCGGUGGAGACUAUUCCCCUGACGAGAUUACAGAUGAAGUCCAGGUAUACCACAGUGACAGGAGUCAAUGGGAGGAAGUGUCGCCCAUGCCGAGAGCACUGACUGAAUUCCACUGCCAGCUCAUCAGCUUCAACAGGCACAGAGACCCAUGGGGUGACAUGCGCAAAGAGACAGAAGCACUCUAACUGACAGAAAAAGUGUUAAAAAAAAUAAAAAUGUUAUUCAUAUUUCA